UCAAUGCGCGCAAAGGACAGUCAUGUACAUCCGUGCCAGCACCUGCGCUGGCGACAGCCCACGAACGUCCGUGCUGAUUUCUGCUCGACUGCCCGGAAGCUCGCCCUCUCUGUCCUAAUGCCUGCUGGAGGCAUUUGCUUAACCCGCUAACUUCAGCUAGAAACCUCAACUUUCUCCUCAGCCAGAAAUUCUCACCAAUUUCAGUUAGGCUGCUGCUGAGUCCCCGCGACAGAAGUGGACAUGACUGCUCGUGAGACAGCAGCCGCGGCUGCUGCAGCUGCUUGUGCCGCGCCGGGCACCUGCAGCGGCCCACCGGGCGAAGAUUGCCGCAUCCUGGCGACCCCACCCGCAACCACGGCUGCCAUGCCGCCGCUCAACACAGACACCACCACCACCACCAGCAGCGCCAGCACCAGCAGUUGCACUAGCUGCACGGCGCCUGCCGCACCCCUCACGCCGCCACGCUCGCCCUGCUCGACCCCGAUGCCGCCGCCCUCGCCGCCGCCCUUGCUCCCACCUGCCUCGCCGCUAACGGCUAGCACCAGCUGCAUCCCAAGCACCACCACCGCCACUUGCGCCAGCACCAGCACCACCACGACCAGCCAGGGUGUGCACUGCCUCAUCACGGGCGGCUGCGGCUAUGUGGGCCUGCACCUGGCCUGGGCGCUGGCGGCUGAGGGGCACCACGUCACGCUGUUCGAUGUGGCGCCGCCGCAGCCGGCCGCGCUGACAGCCGCCGCCGCAAAGCCGCCGCCCUGCAGCAGCCCGCCAUGCAGCAGCGGCAGCUGCAGCCGCAGCAGCCGAAUGGGAAGCAGCGGAGGAGGCGGUGGUGGCGGUGGCGCAGACGAGGACGGCAGCAGCGCCCGCUGCUGCUACUGCCGCCGCCUCAGCCUGCUGCAUUCCGCCGCAGCCGCUGCUACUGCCGCUGCCUUCAACAACGACACAGGCGCCCACUCGCCUGCUCCUCCGCAAGCUCAGCCCCAGCCCCAGCCGCAGCUGCUGCUGCCGCCGCGCUGCCGCCUGUUCCAAGGUGACCUGCGCCGCCCCGCCGACGUACUGGCGGCGUGUCGCGGCGAGGAGCCGCCAGCGCCGGCCACCCCGCCCACCGCGGCUGCGCCUGCUACAGCCGCUGCAGCUACAGCCGCCUCUGCGCCUGCUGCUACUGCCGCCGCCGUGCACAGCAUCUUCCACGUGGCCAGCUACGGCAUGAGUGGCGCCGAGUCACUGAGGGCCGACCUCAUUCGCCAGGUCAACGUGGACGGCACCCGGAAUCUGAUUGCCGCCGCGGCCGCCGCCGGCUGCCGCCGCCUGGUAGCCGUCUCCACCUACAACGCCGUGUGGCGCCGGCAGCGCGUCAGCGGCGGCUGCGAGGAAGACGAGGAGGGGGAGCAGCAGCAGCGGGAGAGGGCGGAGCGGGAGCAGCAGCAGCAGCAGCAGGAGGAACAACAGGUUGAGAAUGUGGGUGGAGGCGGCGGCGGCACCAUCCGGCCUCCCUCUGCCUCUUGGGCUCCCGCUCCCCCCCUGCGGCUGUUGGACUGCUACAGCGCCACCAAGGCGGAGGCGGAGCGCCUGGUGCUGCGGGCCAACGGCACACCGCUGCUACAGCCGCAGCUACAGCCGCAGCUACAGCCGCCGCCGCAGUCGCCGCCGCAGCAGCUGCAACGGCAGACCUCAGCUGCAACGGCAGAGGAAGCUGCUGAGUGCCCGGCCGGCGCGGGCGCGGGGUGCGCGCACGGCAGUAGCAGCGGCAGUAGCUGCGGUAGUGGGCCAUGCGGCCUCCCCAAUGGCAGUAGCAGCGGCGCCGACUUGAGCGGCCUGUGCGGCAUCAGCAGCAGCGGUGCCAGCAGUGUGGGGGAGGACUCCGACACGGAUGCCGGCACGCCCCCGGCGCCACCUCGCACGCCCUCGCCCCAACCCUCCCAGCUCCCCUCACUCCCAUCCAGCCUCGGCCACUCCCCACACCCAAAUCAGCCUCGCACCCAGCCCCAGCCCGCGGAUUCUCAGAAGCCACUGCCCCCGCUGUCCCCUCUGCUGUCCCCGCCGCCGCCGCCGCCGCCGCCCGUGCUGCUGACCACCGCGGUGCGGCCGCCCGCCAUCUACGGCCCGGGCGAGGUGCGCCACACGCCGCGCAUCCUGGAGCUGGCGGCGCGCGGCUGGCUGCGCUUCCGGUUCGGGCCGCCCGACGCCCUGGCAGACUGGAUCCACGUGCGCAACCUGACCUCCGCGCUGCUGGCGGCCUGGCGCGGGCUGGACGCCGCCCGUGGCCAUGUAGCUGCCGGGCGAGCCUACUUCGUGUCCGACGGCGCCCCCGCAAACACGUUUGACUUCUGGGCCCCCCUGCUGUCAGGGCUGGGGCACACGCCCCCCGCCGCGUCGCUGCCGGUGCCGCUAGUGCUGGCGGGCGCGCGCGCGAUGGUGGCGGCGCAUGCGGCGGCGGCGGCGGCCAGCGGCGCGGCGCUGGCGGCGGCAGACGCGACGGACAGGCUGCUGAUUGCGCCGACUGCGGCAGCCGUGGCGGUGGCUGUGGAGGCGGCGGGGGCUUGGGGCGUGGUACCGGGCAGGCGGGCGGCCGCGUCUAGGUCGGCGGUGGGUGGGAGCUCGGCGCCGGGGGUUGAGGGUGCAUCUGCGGGUGGCGGUACCACCGGUGGUGGCUGUGGCCGCGGGCGCGUCGGCAGCAGCGUGAGCGGCCCGCUCGUGACCUGGACUCGGCGCGGGACGGCGGUUGUGCUGGCCCUGACCGAGCCGCUCAUCACUCCGGCAGAGGUGAGCUAGUUAACGUAUAGCGCCACACGUGUUGUUGGAUGACUGGUAUGAACGUAAGGGAUUAUGGGGAGCAUUGGGGAACCAUGAUGACGGCUUCGACAAACAUGGCUCCGUGCGACACGAAUUGAAGUCUCUGAUCCUAACAAUAUGUAUAAGGUGUCUGAAGUGUUGUAAGUGCAAUGCAAG